CAAGCAAUGGAACUCGAAAGCCGACUCUUAUCUUUCCUUUAAAGAAAACAACGAAAGCGACUCCCACGACGCACGACACCGUUUUAGGCUGCGUUGAUCCUUCAUUCCUCAGCUCUGAGCCCUUAUCGGCUCUCUUUUGCUCCCAAUUUGCUAUUCGAAGUGGAGAUCGUUAGCUUAUUCGCUUCUUGUUAUGCAGAGUAAUUUAAGGUUAUUAAUAUCACUUGACAAGUCCUUAGGGAGCGAAAAACAGUGGUUUUGAGUCUUUUGACACGUGAUCUUAGUGUGUGAAGGUGAUAAUUUUGUGCUGUAAUUCUAUGCUUUCGUCAGCUUCAGCGACAUUCGUGGACUUAGAUGGAUGUUUCCUCCUUGGAAAUACAUUCUGAAAGUCAAACAGAUUCUUAUCCAUUAUUAAUGGACCGGGCGGAGAACCUUGACAAUAGUGAACAUGUUGUUAUUGACAUACAAAGAACUACCGAUAGUUCAUUGUUGACCACUUCUCCGGAUAGGACUUCUAAUGUCUUGGAUACAUCGCAGCACGAAGACAGACCUUCAAGUAGUGCAAGAACACCCAUUCAUCAGCCUUUAACACCUUCUUCUAAUAGUUCAAACUCACGAAACCCCUCAUUCAUCGGGAGACGGGAAACUCGUCGUCGUAUGAGUCCGUUGAAUUCUGGGUUAUGGAUUUCUGUUGAACUAGCUCUUACAGUGAGCCAGAUUGUUGCAGCUGUUGUUGUUUUAUCUUUGUCAAGGCAUGAGCACCCACGGGCGCCAUUAUUUGAAUGGAUUAUUGGUUAUGCAUCUGGAUGUGUUGCGACCCUCCCUCUCCUUUAUUGGCGUUAUCGUCACCGUAAUCUGGUUUCAGGGCAAGACUCAGCACAACCUCGUCAAAGUUCCCCGCAUAUAAACGUUCCUGCGGGACCCUUCUCCCUCUCAGUGACAAGGACUUCAGAGGGGGAAGAUCAUCGGAGUGCUGUUGUGCCCCCUAGAGGUGAUCAUGAUUAUGGGGCACUGAAUGCAAGACUCAAGGUGCUGGUGGAAUACUUUAAAAUGGCUCUGGAUUGCUUCUUUGCGGUUUGGUUUGUAGUUGGCAAUGUCUGGAUUUUUGGAGGGCAUUCAUCUGCCUCUGAGGCUCCAAACUUGUACAGGAUAUGUCUAUUGUUUCUUACUAUUAGCUGCAUCGGGUAUGCCAUGCCUUUCAUCUUGUGUGCCACAAUCUGUUGCUGCUUGCCAUGUAUAAUUUCUGUUCUUGGGUUUAGAGAGGAUCUGGGACAGACCAGAGGGGCCACACCAGAAUCAAUAGAUGCUUUACCAACAUACAAGUUUAAGGUGAAGAAAAAUAGACAUACUGAUGAUAGAGGUGGUAGUUCAAGUGCCAGUGAUGGUGGAGUUGUGGCGGCAGGAACAGAUAAAGAGCGCAUAAUAUCUGGAGAAGAUGCGGUUUGUUGCAUUUGUUUGGCAAAAUAUGCUAACAAUGAUCAGCUGAGGGAGUUACCUUGUUCACAUUUUUUCCACAAGGAAUGCGUGGACAAGUGGCUGAAGAUCAAUGCCUUGUGCCCACUCUGCAAGAAUGAGGUUGGAGAAAGCGUUUUGGGCUCGCAUGGCUCCAGCUCCAGCUCCAGCCACAGACGUGUUGAGAAUAGAGUGGGCAAUGGCUUAGCCGGCACUAUGUUUUGAUUUUAUUAUAGGCGCGAAUCCGAGUAUAUUUGUGUGAAGUGCUACUACUUUGAUGAUCCUCAGGGAUGGAUGAAUAUAUGACAGAACAAUGCUCAUCCCUGCAACUGUUCCAGUUCAUUUUCUUUCCACAGGGUGAGCUGUAGCUAUGUAGAUACCACGGCAAUUGCCUUUACAAGUUCUGUAUAAGCUAGGAAUUGUCUUUCAAUGGCGGCAUCAUAUGUUCAUGUGGAGGUUUAGGAACAGGACAAUGCAAAUUGAGUAAGCAAUAAUGAUCGUGUUGGUGAUGCCAAUUGGAAUGAUUAGUACAAUUACCUCCUCUUUUUUU